GUGACGCCUACCCCCCUUUUUGUUGUACACCGUGUUGCUAACAAGAUAGACAGUUUUUUUUAUAUUUUUUUGUAUUGUUUUGCAGUUUUCGAUUGUUUGGAAUACUAACAACAGUGGAAAUUCAGUUGCCAUUGUGUGGGGGAUAAUAGUACAUUGCUCAAUAUUAUUGUCUUGCCGUAAUUAUGUGCUCAAGAGUGCCGUCUGACGUUUCACCAAUGCCGUACCCAUGGAUGAGCUAGCAGUGAAAAUAUCAGAUGUAGAUGAUUGAUAGAAAUGUUUUCGUGUGCGGUUGAGUUGAAUGUUUUUAUUGGAUUGAAAAUUUUGGAGUGUAUCUGAAGGGAGAGAUUUUUUUGGGGGGCAAGAUGCUGAGAUUUCUGUCGAAACGGAGGGUCAGGAGUGCGGGGCAGACAGCAUCCCCGCAGAUUAAAAAUCAGAGAUUACUGAGUAAUAAAAAUAUUAUACAGUGCCAAGUCAUACUGCUGGAUGGUACGGAUUUGCCUAUCGAGUUACCGAAAAAAGCCCUGGCCAGUGACUUGUACGAGCAGGUCUUCUACUCUCUGGACCUGAUCGAGAAAGAUUACUUCGGCCUCCAGUACACAGACAGCAACAACGUGCAGCACUGGCUGGACCCAACGAAGCCGAUAAAAAAGCAGAUAAAAAUCGGACCCCCCUACACCCUCCGGUUGAAAGUAAAAUUCUACUCAUCCGAGCCGAACACCCUCCGCGAGGAGCUAACCCGCUACCAGUUCUUCCUGCAACUGAAGCAAGACCUGCUGGACGGUCGCCUGCACUGCCCCACGAACGUGGUCAUCCAGCUCUCAGCUCUAGCCCUCCAAUCCGAGCUGGGCGAUUACGACCCGACGAUCCACACAGCAGCCACAGUCUCCGAAUUUCGUUUCGUCCCAGGUCAGACCGAGGAGAUGGAGCUGGAGAUCCUGGAGGAAUACAAGAACUGCAAAGGUUUAUCUCCAGCGCAAGCAGAGUCCUCUUACCUGGGCAAGGCCAAGUGGCUGGACAUGUACGGAGUGGACAUGCACACAGUCCUGGGUAAGGACGCCUGCGAGUACUCCCUGGGUCUCACUCCCACGGGGAUCCUAGUGUUCGAGGGCAACCAGAAGAUCGGCCUCUUCUUCUGGCCGAAGAUCGGUCGCCUGGACUUCAAGAAGAAGAAACUGACUCUAGUGGUGGUGGAGGAGGACGACGAGGGUCGUGGCGAGCAGGAGCACACGUUCGUCUUCCGUUUGACAAACGAAAAGGCCUGCAAGCACCUCUGGAAAUGCGCUGUCGAGCACCACGCGUUCUUCAGACUGAGGGCACCGGUGAAGGGGGCGAGUAGUCGUCAGAAUUUCUUCAGAAUGGGAUCGAGAUUUCGGUACAGUGGGAAGACGGAGUUCCAGACGACUCAGUUGAACAGAGCAAGGAGAACUGUUCAGUUCGAGAGGCGACCGAGUCAGAGGUACGCGAGGAGGCAGAGCCACGUCCUCAGGGAGAGGCAGAGGGAGAGACACGUGGAGCCUCAGGCAGCUAGUGUUGAGUGUGAGGCCCUCCAGAGGCAGCCGAGCAAGACAGAGUCUGAGGCCUCGAGUGUUGCUACCAGUGUCACUGCCAAUGUUCAAGAGAUUGCUGGGGCUGUUGGCAGCUCUGUGGGGGCUUCAGCAUCGUCUCCACUUGUCGAUUCAAUACUCAAGUCCUUGGCGAAGGACCCACAGACCCUGGAGCUCAAGAAUCAAACCACUGCGCCGAGCAGUGAGAAGGAGGCCGAAAUCAUGAAGACUAGUUUGAUUGUGGAGAGCACGUCCAGCUCACCGCCGCAGUCAUUACCUAAUAAUCAAGUGGGCGGGACACUUCUGCUUUCUGCACGGUCACCGAUUCCACCUGAGUCACUCAAGUGCAAUAUUCUCAAGGCGAAGACACUCGAGAGCGAGAAGAACUCCAAUCUUGUGUCCAUCAUGCCGGCUGAGAGCAACGGCGGGGGCAAGAGUCAGCAUCCUGACGCUGCUACUAUCGUCUCUGUGGGAGGAGACAAGCUCACCCUAAACGUCAGUGGAACAGCUCCCCUAAGCAGUACUCCCCCAGCGGACGACACAGUGACCGUAACUCACUUUUCACUGGACAGUUGGGGUCAAAUUGCUCAGAAAACAACGCCAUUCAGUGCCAAAGUUGUCAAUCAGUCACAGAAUCCCUUCAACCCAUUCAAUACCGACAAUUGUGCUGAUGUAGUAGUGACAGCACCUGUUGAGGAAGUGAAGGAAGUGCAGACCGAGGAGACAACUGAGACUAAAAAUACGAAUCCAUUCAUCGAUUCCAAUCCUUUCCUAGGGCUUUUGAAUCCAUUCAAUGAGAUUCAGCCUGUUCUCGAAAAAAUUACAGAGAAUGAGGAGGAAAAAGUUGAGAUUGCUACGACUAGACCUGAGGAAGUGCCUUCGCCGAAUUCAUCGACAGUAACUACGUUCACACGCUCGGAACCCUGCACCACAGCCUUGGAUAUCAGUCCAUGGCUAGUGGCUGAUCCGUCCCAGGCAAAAGCCAAGACUGUAACGAUGAAAACGGUCAUUACAACGCAAUUAUAGAUAUUUAAUUAUCCACAAAUACCAGAUUCGCUGAAUGAGAGAUUAUAUUCUGGUAGUUAUUUCAGAUUAUAUAAUUGAAUACUAGCUGUCAAAUUAAACCUGAAUAACGAUGAAUAUUUUUGCAUUUAUAUUCAGCUGGGACCAACGGCUUAAUUCAGUACUUAAUCAUAUUUACAAUUUCCAUAAAUUAUAAUUAUAUAUUUAAAAGUUUUAUCGAUAUUUAUCACAUGCCAACGAAUUGUAUUUGCUUCAGGUAUUUUAUAAUGAACAAGUGCUUUUCUAUGAUGAAAAAAAAUGUUUUAAUGCUGUGAAAUUGAAAUCAUCUAUUUAAUUGGUCAAAAUUUAUUUUAUCGUAAGGACGAAUUUAUACAUCGAUAUAGAAAAUUUUACGCUGAAAAAUAAAAACGUGCAGAAG